AGUCGCACCCCGAGUUGUGUCCCGACAGGUUGCCCCUUACGCGGUUGUGCGGAAUACAAUUUUUACAAAUUCUCCACAAAACAUUGUGAAUUGGUUUAUUAUUGAAAAUUCCUUCGAUACGGCCGCAAGCAUCAGCUGCACAUUUGUGCCAACUGUAGUUGGAUUUAGUGUUGAGCAGUGAAGCACAUUGUUACGUUUUUGCAUUGUAUUACGCACGAAAAAAAAUUGACGGAUUUACAUAUGCACAAUUUUCAUUGAAUUUUCACUCAACACUUUCCUUUUUUUUCCACCUUCGUCAUUUCGUGAGAGCAGAUCGUUCACAGUGGUGUUGAAAAAAAAUAUAUAUGCGAAAUGUGUAAUUUGGCAAAUGUGCAAUGCUUUUUCCCAUAAAAAAAAAAUGUUUUUGUGAGAGUUGACCAAAUCAAAUGUUUGUAUGAUUAAAAUUGUUUGCAAUUUUGUAUUAUAAUCAAAUGCAAUAUAGAAUUUGUCAUGUGGUGUAGUGGUCCAAGUCAUCGUCUGAAGCACAACCCUUAGUGUUUGCUGCAGAUUUAGAUGAAAUAUUAUUCCAUUUAUGGGUGGACUUUUUUGUGUCGUCUAUACGUUCGAGUGUAGGUUUUUUUGGUGGAAGGAGAUUGCAAUAAAGUAAAUUACAUUUGAGUGAAAUAUUGUGAGUUGGUGUCAAAUUCGCCGAAAAAAAAAGAGAAACAUAUAAUCUCCGUAGCAGCUUCCAAUCCGUUUUGGUUGUGUCUCUUCUGGCAGAGCGGAGGAAAUUUCGGUGGAAAAAAAAAUGUACGGAUUUGUGAAUUACGCUCUCGAAUUGCUCGUCAUCAAGAAUUUCGGAUUACAAAUAUGGAACCAAAUAAAAAAAAAGGCUGAAGUUACGAUGGAGGGACAAUUUCUCGUCCGACAAAUCUACGAUGAUGAGAUAACGUACAAUCUGAUAGGUGCUGCUGUUGAAAUAUUAGAAAUACCCGCUGAUGCUAUUUUAGAGCUAUUCGGGAAGACCUUUUUUGAGUUCUGUCAGGAUUCGGGGUAUGAUAAAAUUCUCCAAGUCCUUGGUGCUACACCGCGGGAUUUUUUGCAGAAUCUCGAUGCUCUACACGACCACCUGGGAACGCUGUAUCCUGGCAUGAGAGCUCCCUCCUUCCGGUGUACGGAGAGCGAAAGUGGCCUCAAGUUGCAUUACUAUUCCGAACGUCCCGGUCUCGAACAUAUUGUCAUCGGAAUAGUUAAGGCAGUUGCGUCGAAACUCCACGGCGUUGAUGUGGACAUUCAAAUAAUUAAACGAAAAGGCGAACCCAUCGACAAUGAGGAUACAGCGGGUAUACAUAUAGCAAGGAAUGCUGACACAAAAGACACUCAUAGUUUAAUCUUAGGGAAUCAAAAUCGUGUAGGAAAACAAAAUUGUACCUGUUUAAAAUCGACUACGCUACAGAAUGGAGACAAGAAGGGUGUUAUUUGCACGUGUCAAGAGAAUUUGCAACAGAAUUUGAGUCGAAUCAGCAACGAGGCAACCGUUGUGGGUCUGAGUGAAAAGGCCAUUGCUGAUGUUGGCGGAAGUGGGAAGGGUAACGCAGGAAGUCAAGAAGUCUCGGACCAUAUCCAAUUUUUGAUAACAGAAACCUCUGGCUCCAAGACGGAGAAAUCAAUAUCGACAGAGGAGAAAGAUUUACCUGAUGAUGCAGCAAUAACAUCUCAAGAUGGACCACUGAUAUCUCCAUCAACGUUCUGCAGAGUGUUUCCAUUUCACAUAAUGUUUGACCGGCAAAUGCGAAUUGUUCAAGCUGGGAGAUCAGUUUCACGUGUUAUUCCACGAGUUUCCGAAGAAAACUGCCCACUGCUGGAAAUUCUAGAGGCCGUACGCCCGCAUCUGGACAUGACUUUCGAGAACGUUUUGGCCCACAUUAACACAAUUUACGUGCUGAAAACAAAACAAGGUGCAAUGUUGGAGCAUGAGCGAUAUUUGAGACUGAAGGGUCAAAUGCUGUACAUACCCGAAUCUGAUUUGAUCCUGUUCCAGUGUUAUCCCAGUGUUAUGAAUCUCGAUGACCUCACCAAAAAGGGCCUGUUCAUUUCCGAUGUACCACUUCACGAUGCAACGAGAGAUUUAGUCUUGCUGUCUGAAAAAUUCGAAGCUGAGUACAAGCUAACGCGAAAUUUGGAAAUACUCACGGAUAAGCUGCAACAAACUUAUCGUGAACUUGAGAGUGAGAAACAGAAGACAGACCGCUUACUGUACUCUGUUCUACCUAAAACUGUUGCUAACGAGUUGCGGCAUCAGCGACCUGUUCCACCAAAGAGGUAUGUCAGUGUGACUCUCAUGUUUUCGGGUAUCGUUGGAUUCGCCAAGUAUUGUGCCGAGAAUACGGAUGCGGAAGGAGCGAUGAAAAUAGUGAAAAUGUUAAAUGAACUUUACACUGUAUUUGAUGCCUUAACAGAUUCCAAGAGGAAUCCAAAUGUUUAUAAAGUGGAGACUGUGGGUGAUAAAUACAUGGCGGUGUCUGGUCUUCCGGAUCCGUGCGAGAAUCACGCCAAGUGCAUUUCCAAUUUAGCACUCGACAUGAUGGAUAUGGCAAAGAAUGUCAUGAUGGGAUCUCAACCCGUGAGAAUCACAAUUGGAAUACAUUCGGGUGAAGUAGUGACGGGGGUGAUUGGAAAGAGAAUGCCACGAUACUGUCUCUUUGGGAAUACAGUAAAUCUUACGAGUCGCACAGAAACGACAGGCGCCCCAGGAUGUAUUAAUGUGAGCGAAGAGACCUACAAACUCCUCAACGAGGGUGUAAACUACGAUGACUCAUUCCAGUUGGAUUUCCGUGGUGCGGUGGUGAUGAAAGGUAAACCCGAACCGAUGAAUGUGUGGUUCUUGACGAGGGCCACCCCACGGGACGCAUCGGACAAUGCGGACCUCGAACCCACUGCGGUCGAUAAUAAAUUAUAACCAAAUUGAAUAUUCCACAAUUUUGCUGCAAUAUUAUUUACCUCCCGAAUCGCGUUUUAUGCAUGUGCGAAAGUUCUCUUGAUUAGUUAAUUUCAAUUGAUUGCCGAAUAAUUUGUUAAAUUCACUUUUGUGCUUGUAUAUGCUCUGUCUCUACCACACUAAUGCUAUUGUAGCGGCGCGCAUAGGGCAAGCAUAAAUAUCAACACAAUAUAAAAUAGCUUUUUAUUAUUCGGUUUUACGACUCUAUUACUAUUAUUAAUAUGUAAUGUGGUCGCUAUUGCCGGAGAUUGACAACAUUAUGGUGUACAAUCCAAUA